AUGGGAUGGUAUCCAAAUCUUCUUUUGCUCUCGGCUUUGAUUGUCUUACUUCCAGGAUACAUCUUCCUUGGGAGACUAGGAAAGUGCAUACUCUAUCUCCCUCUCAAUAGCAUUUCGUUUGUGAUCUACUUUAGAAUCAGAGCAUCCAUUGGGAAGAGACAUCUCAGUGUUGUUGUAAAUGUGCUCUCAAGACUUGUGAAGUUUGGAGUUGGCGUCCUUUUGUCAUACACAACAUUGUCUCUGGGAGCAGCCAGAUAUACCCAUGGGCCUUUGAUUUUGGGAGCUCUUCUCCUAUCAAUAGACCUUGUCAGAGCAUAUCUCUACGAGUCAUCGAAGAAGAGCUUUGAAAACAAGAUACUCACGGGAAACUUCAUGGACAUUCUCAAGCUGGAGAAAUACAUUAUAUAUUCUGUAGAAGGCCCUCAGACAGUGGACCUAAAGAGGAACUUGUCUGUCGACGAAUAUUUCGAUAGGGGCCGUCCAAAACCUGUAGAUGCCAAUGAGCUUUUUGACUUAUGGAACGACCAAAAUCCUUACGAAGACCAUGUUUCAGACAGCGAUUUCACAGAAGGAAAUGAAAGACUGAAGAAAAGGACCAGAAGAGAAAAGAUAAAGAUUGAUCCAAAGACAUACGAGUUCAUCGAAGAAAAAAGGAGGUUGUCCUGGAACCUUCUGAAUAUACAGAAAGUAGUCCUUACUCCGGAAGAGAAAAUGAGAGAGAGGUUAUAUGCAAUGAAUCCAUUGGAAAUGAUACCUAGUCCAGACUGCCAACCAGAUGUUGAGAGGAAAGACGUUGAUGGAGAAGAAUGGAAGUUUCUUGAACUAGACAAGAAGAGGGCUAAGAAGAUGCCUGCAAGGCCGGGGUUGAUAACAGUCGAGUCUCUCAGCGUGCAUUUUGGAGAGAGCCAUGCAAAGGAAGCGUAUUCGUUGAUUGCUUUCAAAAGAGGAGAAAGGAUUAAUCAUGAAAUCUUCAAGGAAAAUGCUAGGCAAAUAAAUGUAGAAAGAAACAACCUAUACAGAACGAUCAUGGACAACAAGAAACUACUGAGGGUUAUAUGGUUUAUUCUGGCACUCCUCGAAAGUAUAGUUGGAUACUUGAUCACUGCGGUAUUCUUCAGGACCAAGCCAUUGCUGUUGGAGCUGAUCUUUCCGAUGGUAGUUGUUCCGGCCCUUCCGAUGAUCAAGAUGACGGUGGAGUCAUUUCUGUUUAUUAUAUACACCCACCCAUACGAUCCCGGAGACAGGGUUCAUAUAGACGGAGAAAAUAUGGUUGUCCGGAGGAUCUCUUUAUUUAGUACUGUGCUUGAGAGUUGGGACGGAAUGGAAAUAAUAAUUCCAAAUAUUGUUAUAAGGAAGAAAGCGAUUUUGAACAUAAGAAGAUCGAAACAGCAGCAAUGGAAGCUCUCGAUGCUUAUAUCAUCAAAGACGUCGGAAAGAAAGAUCGAAUUGUUGAGAGAGGCAAUCAAGAGGUUUGUAAGGAGCGACAAGUCCUAUAUUACUGUAAGUGUAAGCAUCUCGGAAAUAGUCGAUUGUAAUCACUUGAGGCUAACGGUGAUUGUAAAGCAUUCCAUAAACUUUCAAAGUGGAUUCUUUAUGUGGACAAGCCAUACCAAGUUUGUAAACAUGCUUCUAGCUAUUCUGUGCAAACUUGACAUCAGGUUCAUUCCACUCACCAAAGAGAUUAUGAAUCUAGGGCCUACCUAUGAACAAGGCAUCUCAUAA